UUCUCUUGUCUUUGAACUGACUUGUGGGAUUGCAGUUCCAUAAACACAGAUUUCAGUCAGUAGAUGAACUGCAGGACUUCAACUUCCAUAAAGCAAAGCGCGCAGAGUCUUUGUGUUGUGUCCUCUCGUGUUGUUUUCCAGCGUUCACAGGCGUUUAUUCAGGAGCGCUAAUCUAAUAACCAAAUGGAUGUUGCUUCAGUGUCCUCCAUCAGCUUGUAGAUUUGUUUUUUUUUUAUUCAGGUCAUCCUCGCUGCAUCGUGCUGACACUCGCCAACGAGCUGUUCUCCCAAUGUUUACUUCUCCGGCAUGUCUUCUCUGCGCUGCCAGAAGUAAUGCUUUGCUUUACUGAGGAUCAUUUUCCGAUAACUGGUCCGCUUCCUCUGGGGCAGCGAGCUGUUUUCGACAACUGCAAAUCCUCUCCGGCUCCAUGAUGGCGAUGUUUCGGAGCUUUGUCUCGGCGAGCACCCAGCACCGCCAGCAGCAGCAGCAGCCCGGUAGCGGCUCCGGCUCGCUGGCUCCCCCGGCUGAGGGCGUUGAGAGCCAGUUCUCCUGCCCCAUCUGCCUGGAAGUCUACCAUAAACCCGUCGGCAUCGCCAGCUGUAGUCACACGUUUUGUGGGGAGUGUCUGCAGCCCUGUCUUCAGGUAACGUCGCCCCUUUGUCCUCUCUGUCGUGUACCCUUUGACCCCAAGAAAGUGGAGCGCUCCUCAAGUGUGGAGAAGCAGUUGUCCUCAUACAAAGCACCGUGCAGGGGCUGUAGCAAAAAGGUGGCUCUGGUAAAAAUGAGGUCCCACAUUGCUUCCUGUUCCAAAGUAAAAGAACAGAUUGCCAACUGUCCUAAGUUUGUGCCUGUGGUACCCACCUCCCAACCUAUACCAAGCAAUAUUCCAAACCGGUCCACAUUUGUGUGUCCGUUCUGUGGGGCCAGAAACCUUGACCAGCAGGAACUUGUGAAGCACUGUAUGGACAACCAUCGUAAUGACCCUAAUAAAGUGGUGUGUCCGGUGUGUUCAGCCAUGCCAUGGGGUGACCCCAGCUAUAAGAGCUCCAACUUUCUUCAGCAUCUUCUCCACAGACAUAAGUUCUCAUACGACACCUUUGUUGAUUACAGCAUUGACGAAGAGGCAGCACUGCAGGCAGCUCUGGCACUGUCACUGGCUGAAAACUGACAACUGUCACACCACUGUCAUGCUCAUCCCUCAGCAUUGCUGCUGUUCCUCCAUGGCUCAGAGCGUAUCAUCCAGUCAACAGACACACCUGACCCAGAGAGGUUCAUACUGUCUGUACAAGACCCUCAUCACAGAGGAGUCUACCCAGCUUUGGUAAUAACCUCACUUUUUUCCUGGUGUUGCACUACAGACAGUUUGCUGCAAAAAUAGUUUGGAUACUUGCUUACUGCUUCAUUUGGAUUUUUUUUUUUUUUUUUAAGAUGAAGCAUACUGUGGGUUUAGAAUGGAUACAGUGACUCUAUCAAAUGUUAAGUUGCUUAAACCAGUGCGACCAAAACCCAUCACUCACUGAUAAUAUAAAUCCCAACCUGCAGCUUGGAAACAGUCCAUUGACGUACAGCUUCCCCUGACAUCUACAAUCUGGACCACCACAGCAUGAAGGGCUACUUCCUUGGAAAAAAUAUAUAUAUAUAUAUAUAUUGUCUGUGAGUUUGACAUGUACCCAAGUCGUGGUUCAGGCCUGUGACCAUCAGUAACUUGCUUGCUUUGAAGUCCUGGCUGCUGGUUCUCACUGAGAAACUUGACUGAUGCUCAGGGGCAUGGGCUCCAGUUUCUUCUAUAGAGUGGUCUGCAGCAACAGAGCUGAAACAGGCAAUUUCACUUUUUUGAAGAACUAACUUAAAGUAGCAAGCCAGCAAGGUUUAAUUAUUGAACAUUUUGUAAAGAUAAAAAGUAUAAAACACAACAAAUCAAUAGCCAACUACUCCAGAAUCACGCUUGUCAUCUUCUAAUGGUGAUGGUCAAUAGCCUAUAUAAGGUUCCUUCCUAACAGACAGCAACAGAACACAUUUUACAGAGAGGCUGGAAUUCCCUAGAUUUUAGGAUUGUUGGGUGAUAACAUCAGGCCGAAUUCUCCUUCUGCCCCUUAACUGUUUAGUUUAACUGGAAUAACCUAGUGGAAACAGACAGAAAUAUGCUGUGCAAAUCUCAUUUAAGCUUGACAGUGCACUUUAGACUGGCGGUUGUCCCUGUAAUAACACAAGCAGAACAAUGUUGUGAGUAUUGUGUUGUGUAGUUACACCAGCAAAAAGGUACGUUUUAAGAUGUACUGUAUGUGGAUUAUGUUUUUUAGGUAUAAAUAUGACAGUGACAGUAAGAAAACAGGAAUAUAUUAAAAUGAAAACUGUAUUGUAAUUGAAAGUAAGCACUAAAAUAAAAUUAAGUAACUAAACCUUUUCAUAUACGCUCACUGAAAGAAUUGGAAUAUAUUAUUGAAAACUCCCAUGAGCUAUAGAUGUUAACAGCAGCUAAUGGCUGGUAAGAGGGGCAGCCCAUCUAGGUUAGUAUUUUUUACAGAGUUCCAGCUUUUCAGUCAAGUUACUGUCUGCUUUGGACAUAAAGCUGUGCCACACCACUGUGAAAUUAAACCCACUGUCUUCCCACUUACAGUCUCAGGCAUCCUUCCCCCUCCAAAACCCUGUUGUAUUAUAACAACAAUGAACAAUCUAAAAAACUAAUAAAUUACAAAGCAUAUAGUAAUAACAAUAAUAAUAAUAGUCUGCAUUGAUUGAGGACAGACCAAAUUCAUGCUGUCCACAUCCAUGUUAUGAGAUGGAACGUAUGUUUCAUCUUCUGGAAAUAAUGGCUGCGUAGGUUUAAAUGAACCAUCUGUGUACAUAGACCCUCAGUGUAGCAUGAGCUGAAAAAUCUCCACUGUCCUACCCAUCUUUGUUUUGGACUAGACCUGGCCAUGUAGCAUGCUCUAGUCUCUUAUUACUACUAAACACACUUACUGCUUUACCUGAAGGCUCAGUCCCAAAAUGUUAACAUAAAAGCUUAAAAUCAGUGUAGAGCUGUGGAAUCUUUGCCUUGGCACAGUGAUGGUAGUGUAACUAGACUUGACAUCUAAUGCUGACAGUUUUCAGGACUGGCAGUAUAAAAGUUACUCUAAAGAGAGCAGCACUGUCAGAAUAAUUUUUCUACAUUUAUCGAUGACACUUCAGUCUCUGUCAGUAAACUGUAGGGGUUGACAUCAGGAGCUGAACAUCCAUAAUGGCUCUUUAGUCACAUCCUAGACCAGCUGGCUUCAAUAGUAAAGUGACCCCCCAAAAGAAAAUCUGAUGGUUCCCAUUUUUUGUUCGUGUGAACAUUUUCACUUGUCAACAUUUUUUCUACUAGAGAGACCUGUGGAUAUUGUUUGAAAAAAAGUAUGAAAUAAUGGAAGUGUUAGAUGAAGGUCUAACCUCCAUUUUAUGGUUAUCUGGUUCUUCAACUCUUGCUACAAGAAAUACUUUUAUGAUGCAUCUGCCAAGACAAGUAUAAAAAGAUAUAUUUUUAGAAACAGUUUUUGUUUAAAACCAUUGGACGGAUACAUGUCUGCAACUUUUUGGAGACAUUGAAGUUGACUUGAGUUGCUGUUAAUAUACAGACAUAUGUACACAACUAAAGUUUGACCAAUAGAUGGCAGUCCUUCUCCAGACAUGCAGAGCCAUAUAAAAACCAGCACACACGUUCGUAUGGCAAACAUACUUGCUAUACAGGCCGACUGGGGGGAAAAUAGAUGAGGUAACUUUGGAUAGUGUUUCACAGAAAGAUGCAUUCAUUACUUGCACUUUAAUUUAUUUUUAUGUAAUAAUUGGAAUUCUUUUUGAAUAAUCUUCUGCUUAAUGAUUUUACAGUUAAAUUUAAUUAUAGAAUCGCUGUUUUGUCUUUGUUUUUUUGUUUUUUUUUGAAAAUGGUUAGACGUUAUGUGGUAGCAAAUGUACCAUCACUUGUUUAUCUGACAAAAAAUGUAAUAUUUGUUGACUGAGUUCCUAAUUUAAAGGGGCAGUAUGUGCCAUUUGUCUUCCAAUAAUGUCAUCAGUGGUUAAAAUCAUCAGCAUUAACUUGGAACGGCAUGUUGUUUAUAUAUCAAAAUUUUCAGAAGACAGAUUUUUAAGUCGUAACUCUAACUUUGAUGUCGAUACAAAUGCUAUAUCUGGAACACGACAGUAAUGGUUACACCAGUAUGAGGUUUACAUGGCAGUUUUUGAAAUUUCUGACAGAAAUUUUUGCUGUCUUUUAUUUUGCCCCAAAUAGAUGAUAAUGGCAGGUUGCAGUUGUAACCCAAUUUUUUUUGGGUGGAGAGGCUAUUUCUUAAUCGUACAUAUUUGAUAUAUAUGGGGAAUGAUCCUCAAAGGCAGCUGACACAAAUACUCUUUAAGUCACACCAACUGCGGUGACCACACACUGAUUGGCAACUAGUCUGGAGUUGGAAAGAUAGUCUCUCUACCCAGAGAACCUAAAAAGUAUUUACACUCAACACUACCACUUCAAAUGGGCCACUCAAUUAGUUUGCCAAGAUUCCAGGCUUGCUUCGAAAGAAAAUGACAUCACUACACUCCACUGGAGUCGUUUAUGAUAGUCAUGGCCCAGAGGUAGCGUACGUCGAAAGCUAUAACCUGCUCCACUGAGCCCAGCACACAUUCAUCAAAUGAGCUGCUGAAUACAGUAGAACCUUAUAAAGAUGGAUGCAUUCAGUUCAAGGGCCGCUACACAAAUCUUUAGAUGCACCUUGCCAUAAGGCCCAUUAGGUACCAAGACUGUGGAGUGUGCACACACCACGCCAUGGCCAGAAAGUCAUCCUUUUUAUCUGCCUUUUGGACUUCCUCCACAAUCUCUUAUUGACAGGUUGCCUCAGGCAGUUUGGUUUGUAUCAGACCUGCUGUUCUGUGGAUCUAUACCCUGACAAGACACAGUGUGUGACUGCUCACUUUGCUUGGCUUGCUUCACUGUCCUGAAGAGGGUGGUAAGGGUGCAGCUCAGUAAACUGACUGGUGUGGAACUCAGACAAGACUAAAAACUUAUAGAACUAAGAAAAGACCUUUGGAUAUAAUGCAGGGCUUGGGCAUCACCUCACAUCACCUGCCAGCAUUCCUCAAGCUCUGAAAGGACAUAGAGUUCAGCGACUCUUUUAACUGAUGCAGUAAUCAAUAAGAAUUCAUUUUAAGGAACUCAAAAGGCUCAUGCUGUAAAGCCCUCAGCACCACUUCCAAAUCCCAUGGAAUGACAGCUGGUCUGCUUUGGCAGGGAGUAACCUGGUGGGACCAACACAGGCUGCCACCAUUCUCCUCAAAUUCAAGAGUACUUUCCCUCCAAUAUUUUUGGACGGAAUUGGAAUGAGUCAUGGACCGUGCAGGGGAGGGAGCAAAGCAAAACUGGGCCCAACACAUUGUCCCUUGUCUAACUGGCCAGCUGCUCCCACCAACAGAAUGCUGUAUGCAGCCUAUGUGUCAAUUGGGCAUUUGGGAGUUAGGGAAAUGAUUCAUGUCAUGGAAUCUAACCACAUGCAUAGAGGCUCUUCUUGUCCUACUAAGGUCCACGUCUGGGUGUUCCAAGUUGUGUAGCAAUCAGGCUACACUGCUACUCCAAGAAAGCACAAACCAACCAGUCAUCCACGAAAAUCAGUCUAUUUUCCAUAGGAAAUAGAACAAGAAGAGCCUAGCCUGGUGAUCUUCACCUCGCUGAUGACCUUGUUUGCUUUGGGUAGAGACCUCUGCACGGAAGGUCUGCUACCACUGGCACAGUGACAGACAUAGAAAGUGCAAAUUAUUAUCCGGAGUAAUUUUGAAAACCACCCAGGUAUCUGAAGGUCUCCCUGCUGUCCUGAGAAGUGAAAAGAGGAUUUGGGGUUAUGAAAUUCUUAGAUUUUUAUUUUGUUACAAUUUGUGUAUCACGUCUGUCUGCCUUUGUUCUGAGCUUUUCAGUUGAAGUCAUUCCCCUAAGAACUGUAAAUAAUCUGUUUUAAAUCCUUGUCUUUGUGCUGUUGUAUUUAUAUUUUGUGAAACUAUUCCUUCUCAUCACUGAUGAUAUUUAAAGGCAGAUUACAGCGGCUCCCUAGUCUUAUUCACAGUGACAAAAUGAAGGAUAACGAGUGAGUUAGACUAUAGAACAUUGCAGUAGUUUAGUGCAGGGUUACAUGGAGCUCAAAAAACUUAAGAGAAAGGUGCAAGUAAGGCUUAAAGGAUAGCCUCAAAACAAUAUCCAAAUGCCAUAUGUAAGGAUGAGUGGCUCAUUAUUCCUCCUCUCCAUACCAGCCUAGUAGCAAUCUGCUACACAGAAAACAAGCGUUUUAAGAUUAGCUGAAGCUAACAAAGACUUUAAAGUCCAGUUGGAUUGAUUUAAACAACUUUGGAUAACCAUAAUGUUGGAUAACCAUGACCUGGAUGAAUGAGAAACUACACAGACAUCAAGCAAACAAAGACUUUACCCGUCUUAGCUGAAUCAAGUGGGGAGCUUUAUUAUGUUAAUUCAUUUGUAGUUUUUUUUCUGUUUCUUCCUGGUAGAUCUGCAUGAGGCUAUGUUACAUUUCUCAAGCCUAACAUUAGAAUGCAAUUUUUGUACAGAACAAAGACUGUAGAGUUCACCACCAUUUUCCUACAGUAUCGACUGCAUAGCUACCAUGGCAAACUGACUACAAACUAACUUAUCCUCUAAAAUAGUGACAUACGUACUAUUGGUAGCUCACUACCCUCACUGAGAACCGUCAUGCUUCCUGUUAAUACAGCAGAAGCUGUGCUUGGGCAGCCAAUAACAUUAUCAUAACCACUGUUGCCUAAUAGCUCAAGACCUCCAAUGUAUAGCUGAACUAUAGCCUGCUUAAGCUCAGGUUCCAACUGACUACUAGAGUGUGAACUGAAUGUAUUGUAGAGUCAACUAAAGUGAUUUUUAGUCAGAUAUUUUUAUGACUUUAGAAUCUAGAUCCCAAAACAGUCAAAGUGGAUAUUUGACAGUCACAUCCCGCUCUACCUAAAUGGACAUUCCACUUAUUGAACAUAUGAAAGUUAGUUUAUUUAUCCUGGGUAGUUCUAUUCUUACUGUGAAAACAGCUUAUUACUAUCUCCUUUUUACUCUCUGCUCUAACUAUGGAGUAUACAGUGAGUAUGACCUUGAUGAUGCCACAGUGAUGGUUUCAUUGUUAACUCAGUCUGAGCUCUGAAUCUAUAAAUUUAGAACAGAAAAUCUGGUUACCAGCUGCAGGCAGGUUGGACAUUGUAGGCUCCAAGACAAACAGGGUCUAAGACAUAGAUUCCCCAUAAUUCAAGUUGAAUUAUGGGGAAUGUAGGAACCCAUGUUUUUGUAGCUUGACUCUACCAAAGAAGUCAAAUGUCUUGGUCACAGCUAUUUACUUAUUUUUUUAAUACAUUUUUCCAGAGUUAGGAAAGUUCACAACUAAGUGACUCUGGAGCAACUUCAGCCAACCAACCAGCAAAAAACUUUUUGAUAUGACUGAUUACCAGUCAGAGGUCAUGGUAAGAUUGAUACUUUAACUUCUGACAAAAAGCAAAAACUAAGUAAAUCCGUGACUAAAACCUUAUCCUCCAAACACUGAACAAAAACUGAAGAAAUAGGAACAUUUUCAUUCUAAUGUGCAUUGAAAUCAACACUACCUAAAACUGAAUUACUUUAGCUCACUUCACUCUGGAUAUCACUGCAGUAGGGCUUGUGUGGAAAGAGGCCGAAGUUUGAAGACAAAUAUGUAAAGACAUAAGAAAGUCUGCCUUCAGUGUGUUUUCAUAUGCAUUUUGUCUAAACGAAGUAAUAAUGCAAUGAAAGCUGCUGACACUGGUAUGAUGAUAAUGAUUGGUUUUCCAGCUGUUGCACUGAUUGUGGUUUUAUCAGAGCACUAUUAGGAUGUUUUGUAGCAUUCUGUUCUUUUCUCCCUUAAAUAAAAUGAAAAAGACUGAAUAUAUUGUAGGUGUGCUUUUAUUAUGCUGUCUGAAAAUGGAAAUCAGUAUACUUUAUUACAAAAACACCUUAAUGGUCUAUUACUCUGUAGUUAAACACUUACUAGGCUUAAAUGCAGCUUUAAUGGCUUGGUUUCAUGGUUGCCUAGAGGUAUUCCCCAUGCAGAUAGACUAAAAUAAGACUAUUUCGCAGGAUCUGAGAUAUUUUUCUCUGAAAUUUCUGUCUUCCCGCCAAUACACUGGGGUUGAACAAUAUUUGUGGAGUAUUCAUAGUAAUCAAGAUCCAUUCACCCUCUGCAUGGUGGUGUCUCAGAGAUAUAUGUCUCCAAAACUAGACAUAUUAAAUGAAAACUAUCUGCAUGGAGAGAUGCCAAAGGAGAGAAAGUGGAAAGCAUAGAUAAACCAAGCCUUUGAUAGAUCAAUUAAACAGCAUGAGGUUCCCACAAUAUGUGCACAGAGGUGACUGCAAAGACACACACAUAAACACUCUUCAGUUGUGGUGGAAAAAGAGGUGGGGUGUAAUGGCUUGGUUUGUCAUAGCUGGAAGUGUUAGCUUGCAGCACCUGUUGCAACUUCAUUGAGCUGCACAGACAGAUCCAACUCCAGCUCUCCUGUCCUUCACAGCCCCUUGGUUGUUAUUGGUGUUUGGCAAACUAGUUUGAAGGUGUAUUACUGUCACCUACUGGAUUGCUGUGUAGGAGAGCACAGUUUGUGGCAGGAUGUGGCUAAAAUGUCUGCAGUGUGGAAAUUUCCUCAAAAAAGUGAGAGAAAAAGAUUACAGAGAGGAUGACUGAAUUUAUUGCACUGGAUCAACAGCCUAAUGCUUUCGUUGAGUUGUCUUUUGGAACUUGCACAGAGCCAUGGUACACCCUACCCUCUCCACACUAUAUUUCAGACAGUUUUUCUUUAAUAAAUCUCUUUAAGCUAAUGCUGAUAGUUGCUUUAUCUAAACCAUCCCAACAAUACUGUCAGAGGUGCUAUGUAUCACAGGUUUCUAGGGUUUCUGUCAUUAAAUCUCUGCCUAGAGGUCCACAUGUUUAGGCAUGUAUCCCACUUCCCCUCUAUUUAAAUCUUUAAGAAAAGUUGUUGCAAAGUUAUGUCAGUUAUGUACGGUAACCAUUUGCACAAAAAUGGUUUGUUCUGAAGAACUUCAGUCAGAAUUCGAAAAUAUCAUAACACGCAAACAAUACUGGGGAAAGUUACCAAUGGUCUUCUUAUAGUCUUGGACAAUAGACUUGUCUCUACACUUGUCCUGCUGGAUUUCAGUGCUGCAUUUGACACUAUUGUUCACAGCAUUUAAUUACAGAGACUGGAACAUACAACAAAUCAUUAGGCUGAUUUAAUUCAUAUUUAUCAGACAGAUUCUGGUUUGUUCUAGGUAUCAUACAAGACUUAGUUCUGAGGUUCCACGGGGUUCUGUACUAGGAAUACUAUUCACUUUGUGCAUGAUCCACUUAACAUUAUCAGUAAACACUGCAUAAACUUUCACUGAAGACAACACCCAGCUACAUUAAUCUAUGAAGUCUACUGAAACAAAUUAGUUACUGAUGAUGAUCAAAAAUAACUCCAAGGUCCUUUACAGCAGAACUAGAGGCUAAGGCAAUACCAUCUAGAGUAACCUUCUGGUUAUAUAGUGUGUUUCUGAGGUGUUUAGGGACACAUACAAUAACCUGAGUUUCAUCUUAAUUUAGAUGAAGAAAGUUACAGGUCAUCCAGACCUUUAUGUCCUUCAGACAUGCCUGGAGUUUGACCGUCUGAUUAGUUCCAUUUUGCUUCGUAGAUAAAUAUAACUGGGUGUCAUCUGUAUAACAAUGGAAAUUUAUGCAGUGUUUCCUAAUAAUAUCGCCUUAGGGGUGCUGGAAUCUGUCCCAGUUGACUUAGGGUGAAGUCAGGUGACAACCUGGACAGGUCACCAGUGCAGGGCUACACAUAGAGACAAACAAGCACACUAUGGACAAUUUAGAAUUACCAGUUAACCUGAGCAUGUUUUUGGACUGUGGGAGGAAGCCGGAGAACCCGGAGAAAACCCACACAUGCACAGGGAACAGUGCUAACCACUGAGCCACUGUGCAGCUCUCAACAGAUGUAUUGAUGGUUUAGAGGAAUUUACUAUCGAUGUGAGCUCUAAAAGAUUUACAGCAGAGAAGCAAUGAAGUAUAAAUCUGGUCCUAUGGACGCGUCCAGAGCUGCUGCACAUAAAAACAUGUUCAGGAUUUUUUGUCUAAUAUUCAAUACUUCAAAUGUGAAGAAGGCCAUGAAAUCCUAACUACUGAGAGCUAAAGGAACAGAAGGCUCUACAGAGGUGACUGUCUUCAUCCUUUAGCCCUAAUUAGCACACAUACACAAACACUUUUACACACCCAUAGAUGUGUUGGUAACAAAUAUAACAGUGUAAUUUGCAGGGUAUCAGAGGCCUGUGGUGAGGGAUUUUGUGGAAACACUCCCACUCACUGUGGAAAAUAUCAAUAUAAUCUUAUUGCCAUUGUGUCUGUUGCUUCCCCACCCCAACACAAAUACAGGUGCACAGACACUCACUCACACACACACACACCCACACACACACACACACACCACACACACCACACACACACACACACACACACACACACACACACACACACACACACACACACACACACACACACACACAUUUUUUUUACAGAAUCUGUUGACCUAAUUGUGUAGCCUAAUAAUAAACCUAAGGUCUUGACAGCAGCCAAAUCUGGCAGUGCUGUCUUGAAUUACUAAUGUACUGUGAGAUGGAAAGCUGCCCUCAUGCCUAAUAUAACAUCUUUCCAUGUAUUUAUAAACCCGCAGGAGUCAGAAUAGCAUAUGUGUGAGCUGAAAAUGAAUCUGGCUGAUUGGUUGGGAAUAUUUAGACCUUGUUCCUCAGACAGUUACUAUUUGUGCAAUUCCAUUACACCACAACAGAGCCAUUUUAAUGGGCGAACAACAGGUCCUCUGAAUCAUUCUGCAGGUGAAGGGCAGGGCUAGCAGCAAUGUGACAACAAAUUCAAACGUGAGCCAUCUUUAUUAAAACUGUGCCAUCAGCCAAGACAGUGUAUAACAUGCAGUUUAAUCUAAAAGUUUCUGUGUACUUCUAGAUCAUGCUUCUUCUUGAGAAACUUAGAAGAUAGAUUUAACAACUGGGAGCACAAACAUGCCAACUUCACACAGAGAUUCAAACCCAGGACGUUCAAGCUGUGAGAUGACAGCUGUGAGAGCCAUUGCAUCACCAUGCCACCCACAAAUCAUAAACUGCAGACUGCCACUUUUCAUUUAACAUUUUGGUAUCAAUGUCUAUAACCUCUCUAAUGUGAUUUAAACUGGCUGUCUUAAAGCGUUUCAUUUGAAUAAAUGUCUCCUAAUUCCCCAUAUAUUGCUAAAUGAUGAUUUUGACUAAGCCUGUGAGCCAAGGAUAAAAUUAUAUUAAAGUCUAUGCAUUAACAGUAUUACAAACUGGGUGUCUUUAGGAACAUUACCAAAACAUGGACCAUCAGCCAGCAGUUUCUUUUCUGUAAGAGAGGGUGGGUAGAGCUAAAACAACAGACUCACUUUUUAACCUACCUGUGUGUAAAGCGCCACGUGCUGCAUUUUUCUCCUGCUGUUUAUAUGUCGUAGAAGUCAUUAUUCCCUUGUCACUUUCAUGUAUGGUUUCAGACUGCUCUAGAGGCUUGGCUCCAGGUGCUAACAGACUCAGUGUCACACAGGUAAUAUCAGUUUGAAUCAGUAAUGGGCUGAAAAGACAGUUACUGCUGAAUGUGAAACCUUACCUGAGACCAGAUUUUUGCAGUCAGCUAGUCACAUUAUGGUUUUUCAUCAUUUCUGACUGUGAAGAAGAGAUGUACUCUUUGUGUACUGAGCACUUCAAUUAACGACACUGAACUACAAGAAGACUGCUCAACUGCCGCCCAGAUAGCUCAGCUGGCUGAGCGGGGGACCCAUGAACAGGGGCUACAAUCCCCGACGUAGCAGCCUGGGUUUGAUUCCAGCCCUGCUGCAGGUCUACCCCCUAUUCUUCUCCCUACUUUCCUGUCUGUCUCUCUACUAACCUGUCAAAGUCAACAAAAAGGCCAAAAAAUAACUUAAAAAAAAGACUUCCAACUCAGCCCAAGCUGUACCAUAUUAAAAAUUCAAUAUUCAAAACAUUAUUUUGUAAAAGUUGCAAAUCCAAUAAUAUUAUGAUAGUGUUUUUCUGGGAUACGUGCUUUCCAUAUAUUUUCUUUAGCUCAAGAAUGUUAAACAAAAUGAAAACAUAUGUUGAAACGUUUAUUUUAGCUAUCAUCAAUCACAGCUUGACCUGUGAGUUAACCUAUGGGGACUAGGGACCUCCUGGCUCCCUCUUUCUCUCUUUCUUCUUCUCACGCGAUGUAUCUUAAUGUAUGCCAGAUGUUGAAACCUAUAAAGAUCUAGUCAUUGUAACUCUCUUCAUUCAUUCACCGCAUGAUGCUUGAAUCACGAGCUCGUCCGUAUUAAAUGUACUCUUAAUUUGA